UCUCCCUCCCUCCCAUUUCACACUCCCUCGCCUCCCUCCGUAUAAAAACCAGUCUCCUCCUCCUCCUACUCCACCGCAAAAAACCCUAACCCGAACCAGCUCCGGCAUUGCCACGACCCGACCCGACCCGGCACGGAUGGAGGACGACGAGCGGGGGGAGGAGUACCUCUUCAAGAUCGUGCUGAUCGGCGACUCCGCCGUCGGGAAGUCCAACCUCCUCUCCCGGUUCGCGCUCGACGAGUUCGACAUCAACACCAAGGCCACCAUCGGGGUCGAGUUCCAGACCCAGGUCGUGGAGAUCGACGGCAAGGAGGUGAAGGCCCAGAUCUGGGACACCGCCGGCCAGGAGCGCUUCCGCGCCGUCACCUCCGCCUACUACCGCGGCGCCGUCGGCGCCCUCAUCGUCUACGACAUCACCCGCCGCACCACCUUCGAGAGCGUCAAGCGGUGGCUCGACGAGCUCGAUACUCACUGUGAUACCGCUGUCGCAAGAAUGCUUGUUGGGAACAAGUGUGAUUUAAACAAUAUCAGAGAGGUGAGCACCGAGGAGGGCAAAGCCCUUGCAGAAGCAGAAGGGCUAUUCUUUAUGGAGACCUCCGCCCUCGAUUCCACGAAUGUUCAGAUAUCGUUCGAGAUUGUUAUCCGCGAGAUAUACAAGAAUAUCAGCAGGAAGGUCCUCAACUCCGAUUCAUACAAGGCGGAAUUGUCCGUAAAUCGAGUGACCCUCGCCAAAAACGGUGCGGACUCGUCAGGUCGGAGUUUCUACUCGUGCUGCGCUAGAUGAUGUCCGAUCCUUCAUGUACGCUCCAUCAAUUUUUUGGAGUCUCUUGUACUGUUUUAUUUCAUCAAAUUUUUGGAAGUGUCUUGCACUGUCUUAUUUUAUCAAUUUGUAUCCUAAUACGUGGCCAAUGAACUUUACGGUUUUCUUCCUUUUUGUCUGAAAAACCGAAACUCAAUUUUAUUGAGGAGAGAAUUUUCCCGGUCAUUGAUAACAAGCA